UCAGCAAUGUUGGACUGAUUGGUGCACUGAGAUAUCCAAUUUCCUGUUUCCCAACUACCAGGUAUAACACCGAGGUUUUCUCGAAUGAAAGCCACACAUAUGAAAGAGAUGCCAUAUGCCUUCAUCCUAUCACACUUUUGAGAGUCGAGAUUUCGGCGUCAUCACCUUGAAAUGGCAGAAGAGGUAAUAGGAGAAGAUCACAGAGGGCCAGGGAAGAAGGUGAUGGUGGCCAUAGAUGAAAGUGAUUACAGUUAUUAUGCGCUCAUUUGGUUGCUCAAAACUCUCAAGGAAUCCAUAAGAAGCAGUUCCAUUAUGCUCUUCAUGGUUCAGCCUGCUCUUGAUACCAAUUACACUUUUCAAGCCUCCCUUGGCUCUGCUCGCCUCUACUCUCUUUUUUCACCCGGACCGGAUUUUGUGAACUCAUACAAGGAGAAUCAGAACAAGUUUGCACUGGCUCUCUUGCAGAGAGCUAAAAGUAUCUGUGCUAGUCAUGGGGUGGAUGCAGAGAUCUGUACAGAGGAAGGUGAUCCGAGAACAGCCAUAUGUGAUGCAGUGGAAAAGCAUAAUAUCGAUUUGCUUGUGUUGGGGGAGCGUGGCCUUGGAACAAUAAAAAGGGCUCUUAUAGGAAGUGUGGGCAGCUACUGUCUCCAAAAUGCCAAAUGCCCUGUCCUUGUGGUGAAGAAGCCAGAGUAGUGUUAUAUCUGCUACCUUGCUUACUUGGAAACUCAAAACUGGGAAAGAAGACCAUAUAACAGUAUAAUUGUUUACGAGAUGGGAUCAAAGAAUUAGACUCUCAUGGUGAAGAUUUUGUCGCCUUGCGUACCACUGAAGAAAAUUCCACUUGUAGAGGAUGCACAGAAAGACUAAUGUUGAAGCAAGUAAAAUGGAGACUGAUUACCAAGUGAUGGUGCUGGCAAUCUAUUAAUAAAGUUUGGGAACGUGAGCUUGAAACGGAAGUGCAGGAGCUACCUUAAGAAGAUUCUGAUUUUUAAAAUUCUACAACAUAGUUUUGCUGAGGUGUUUCAAUGCAAGAUGUUUGAUGAAGAAUCCCUUUAGAAGUGUAACAGUUAGUCAUAGAGAAUUCAGUUCCAUUAUCCCGUUAAAACUGAUUUUCAACAAAAGAAAUCAAAUAUUGUAAACCUUGUCCAGAUUGAGAUUUGUUCUGUAAAAGAAUGGUCCAAGCAUACCCAGAGAAAGGGACCCCAGAGAUUGACAUGAAGCAAUGGAAGAAUUUUGUUUGAAUGCGA